AAUCGUUCGUCACAUCGCGCGCAGCGUUGGCAGUACACGAAGAGCCUGGAGCGCAUCCGUUAUUAUUAUUCGCACUCGCUGUGCUUUAGUGUUCCGACGCGCUCCAAGACUCUCCUCGCCCGACGCUAGCCUCUACGCUGGCAAAAGUGGAAACCUUUGCCAACUGGACACUGCAGCGCUGCCAAGUGCCUACUUCGCAUCGUCAUCAAACAACACCCUCAACUUUGUGGACGUGUUGUCCAAGAAAGAUCCAAGGAUGUGCUUGUUUUCAUCGGCAAUACGGCGAAAGCGGCUGCGGCCGUAGGCUGCGGCCGCUGCGCCGCGUCUGCAGCGGAAUGGUCGAGCUGGCGCUUUCUAAAUAGCGCGUGCAGUGCUUCUAGAAGACUGAUGACGUUCCAGGUUUCCUCUCGCGCAGGACGCAGGUGCCCACGGUACUGAGCUGUUCCUGUAGUGAUAGUAAAGUCAUGUCAGACUCGAAAGAGGGAGAAGCCAUGGAGCCGGCAUCGAGCGUGAACCCGGACAAGCUGUCGCACGCCCUGGCCGAUGCCCUGACGAGAAUAUUUGGACACAAAGCUUAUCGCAGCGGCCUGCAGAAGAAGGCGAUCGAAGCGGUGGCGCAGUGCGGCCAAGACGUUUUCGUGUCCAUGCCGACCGGAGCUGGCAAGUCGCUGUGCUUCCAACUACCUGCCGUGGUGACUCCGAAGGACAGCGUUACCGUGGUGGUGUCACCGCUCAUCGCGCUCAUGACGGAUCAGCUGCAGAAACUCAAGAGCCUGAAGGUCCGCGCCGAGACCAUCAACUCGACCAUGAGCUCUCUGGAACGGCAGCGCGUUAGGCGAGACUUGACCAGCAUGAGCCCGGAGACCCGGCUUCUGUACGUGACACCAGAGCAAGUGGCCAGCGAAAAGUUCCAGGCUGUCCUCAGCGCUCUUUACAAGAUCGGCAAGCUGGCGCGCUUUGUAGUGGACGAGGCGCACUGCGUGUCCGAGUGGGGUCACGAUUUCAGGCCGGAUUACCUCAAACUCGGCAAAGUUCGCGACAUGUUUCCCGACGUUCCCAUGGUCGCCCUCACUGCCACAGCCUCUGCCAAGGUAUUCGACGAUAUUCUGGUACAGCUGAGGCUCAGGCAACCCGUGGCCAUAUUCAAGACGUCUAGCUUCCGAGCUAACCUUUACUACGAUGUCGAGUUCAAGGAGGCGCUUGACGAGCCCUUCGACAACUUGAAAAACUUUUCGAUCCGUGCCCUCGGCGAAGGUUGGGAAGAAGAAGACCCAAAGAAGAGGGGAAGCGGCAUAGUGUACUGCAGGACUCGGGACGCCUGUGAGGAAGUCAGCAUGAAGCUCACGUCCCUUGGCAUUCUCACAAAACCGUAUCACGGAGGUAUGAAGGCUGCAGAGCGAAAAGAGAACCAGGACGGAUGGACCAAAGGGCAAGUGCCCAUAAUUGCUGCUACAGUAAGCUUUGGAAUGGGUGUUGACCGUGCCAUGGUAAGGUUUGUAGCGCACUGGUCAGUUCCGCAGUCUAUUCCGGCUUACUAUCAGGAAUCUGGCAGGGCUGGUCGCGAUGGAAGGCCGUCUUACUGCCGAAUUUAUUACUCCAGGAAAGACAGGAAAUCCAUUACCUACCUGCUGAAAAGAGACGAACAGGGGGCGAAGACAAAAAGGGCAAAGAUUGUUGCAGAGAUGGCCACCAAAGCAUUUGAGAAGAUGGCCAGCUACUGCGAAGGGAUGACGUGUCGCCACACAGUGCUUUGCAGGGAAUUUGGAGACGAUCUGAAAGGCUGUGGAAAAAACUGUGAUGCUUGUACAAAGCCAAAACAGCUAGAAGGUAGGCUUUCAUCAUUCCAGGCUACCCUGCUCACUGGAACAAUUAGGAAGGAAAGCAGCAAUGGUUUUGAUAACGAACUUUAUGGGGGUGGGAGGCACGGCCAGAAAAUGGACACAGAGUGUUACGAUGUGGACAGUGGGAGUGAUGGUGAAAGCAGUGGCAAAGCAGCCGCUGCUCUUUCACAAGUCAUUCAGGAUGAAUUUGAGAAACGUCGUGGAUCGAAGUCUGAGCAGCCAAAGAAGAGAACUAUUCCCAAGAACUGCUCUGUUCUAGAGCCCAAAUGCUCUGCCAUCAAAGAAGUUUCUGUCGAGAUGCGGCAAGAUUACCUAACAAAGUUGAAAGGGGAGAUGGAGAUGAAUUUCGCUGCAUACGAAACCUUCAACGAUGAGCCGCAGCUGACCCCUCGAGAGAUCAGAAACUGCGCCGCCGAGCAUGAACUUCACGUGUUCAAAACGAAGAAAAACGUGCACCUGUACAGAAAGGAGCUGGUAGAUUUGUUUGUAGCGCUAAGGGAAGCUACCCGAGCGGUCAAGCUUCACGACCUUCUUUUGAAGUGUCGUGAACCUAAGGAUGAAACCAAAGAGAAGGCAAAGCCACCCGAGAGGUUGCACACCUUAUUGGAUUUCUUUUCGUCCGCCGAGAAUGAUGAGCGCUCGCCACCCGAGCCGAGCAAGAAAGACAGCGGUACCAACAAGUCGGUGCGGCACAUUGAGAAGGCUGCCGCUGACGACUUGAAAUCGGUGGACAUGGAAUGUUCAGAUGAUUCCUUGCUGAGUGAAAGCAGUGGUUUCCAUGCUUCAAAGCUGGCCAAGCAGGCACAAAAAAGUUCACCGAUCAGUAAAGGAUCCAGCGGUGCUGCUUCACGAACACCGAGCAAGAAAAACAGCAGUACCAACAAGUCGGUGCGGGACAUUGAGAAGGCUGCCGCUGACGACUUGAAAUCGGUGGACAUAGAAUGUUCAGAAGAUUCCUUGCUGAGUGAAAGCAGUGGUUUCCAUGCUUCAAAGCUGGCCAAUCAGGCACAAAAAAGUUCACCGAUCAGCAAAGGAUCCAGCGGUGCUGCUUCACGAACGCCAACUCCUCCAAACGUUAGUUCUAGCCCAAAGCAAGAGGAUGAGGAGACAUCAGCUUCGAAGAUCCGGUAUUUCUUCGAACGCUCCCCUACGAAAAAGAAGAGGAAAUUAGACUUUGGCAAGGUAGAGGGUUCUCCUCGUCACAAGAAGACAGAGACGGACCCCGCGCAGGAGAAUUCGGAAUCGCACGAUACGUCUGGGAACUCCGAAGUUGCAAGGGAGUCAUCAAAGCAUCAUAGUAAGAAACACGGCGAAAGGGGCGACGGAGCGAGCUUGGAAAAGUCAAAAGAGUCUAGUCCGAAAAAGCAAAACAUCAAAGAAGAACUGAACCAAGCCGCACGAAACAUCAACAGGUGCCUCUACCCAAAGUACAAAGACAACAGGCUCUCGAAGGAUCUGUUCAAGAAGAUAUGCAAGCUGCUGUCGCACAAGUUGGUUGCUGAACAGACUCUGAGCAAGAGGGCCGCUGCAAAGGCAGUUGACAAGCUGUUUGAAGGCAAGGAUGUUGUGACUGAAAGCGAUUUGGACGAGCUGUGCCUCUAAGGACCGCUCUGCACGGUGCAGCUUGUGCUCCAGUCUGGCUCUCUGCUCAAGCCAGUGAGAGCACAAAUUUAAUGGUUGUUGC